AUGGAAGCGAGCUUUGUCCUGACCGCCAUGGCUCUGGGGCUGUCCUCCAAGAAAGCGUCUUCCCGCAACGUGGCUGUGGAGCGCAGGAACCUGAUCACCGUGUGCAGGUUCUCCGUGAAGACCCUCCUGGAGAAGUACACGGCCGAGCCCAUCGACGACUCGUCCGAGGAGUUUGUGAACUUUGCGGCCAUCUUAGAGCAGAUCCUCAGCCACCGUUUCAAAGGUCCAGUGAGCUGGUUCAGCUCCGACGGGCAGCGGGGCUUCUGGGACUACAUCCGGCUGGCCUGCAGCAAAGUGCCCAACAACUGCGUGAGCAGCAUCGAGAACAUGGAGAACAUCAGCACGGCCCGCGCCAAGGGCCGGGCAUGGAUCCGAGUGGCACUGAUGGAGAAGCGCAUGUCGGAAUACAUCACCACAGCCCUGCGGGACACCCGGACCACCAGGCGUUUCUAUGACUCAGGAGCCAUCAUGCUGAGGGAGGAGGCCACGGUCCUCACGGGGAUGCUGAUCGGACUGAGCGCCAUAGACUUCAGCUUCUGCCUAAAGGGUGAAGUGCUGGAUGGGAAGACCCCCGUGGUCAUCGACUACACGCCCUACCUGAAGUUCACCCAGAGCUACGACUACCUGACGGACGAGGAGGAGCGGCACAGCGCGGAGAGCAGCACCAGCGAGGACAACUCCCCGGAGCACCCGUACCUGCCGCUCGUCACGGACGAGGACAGCUGGUACAGCAAGUGGCACAAGAUGGAGCAGAAGUUCCGCAUCGUCUACGCGCAGAAGGGCUACCUGGAGGAGCUGGUGCGCCUGCGCGAGUCGCAGCUGAAGGACCUGGAGGCGGAGAACCGGCGGCUGCAGCUGCAGCUGGAGGAGGCGGCGGCGCAGAACCAGCGCGAAAAGCGGGAGCUGGAGGGCGUGAUCCUGGAGCUGCAGGAGCAGCUGACAGGUCUGAUCCCUGGCGACCACGCCCCUCUAGUCCAGGGUUCCAAGGAGCUCACCACGUCCCUGGUCAACCAAUGGCCAUCACUGGGAACGCUCAAUGGGGCUGAGGGUGUCAGCAACCCCAAGCUGUACCGGAGACACAGUUUCAUGAGCACGGAGCGGCUGUCAGCUGAAGCCAGUCUGAGCUCGGACUCCCAGCGCCUGGGAGAGGGCAAGCAGGAUGAGGAGCCCUGGGGCCCCAUCGGGAAGGACCCCACGCCCUCCAUGCUGGGCCUCUGCGGCUCCCUGGCCUCCAUCCCCAGCUGCAAGUCCCUCGCGAGCUUCAAAUCCAACGAGUGCCUGGUGAGCGACAGUCCUGAGGGCAGCCCGGCACUGAGCCCCAGCUGA